AUGUACAUUCAUGAAAUAAUUGAAAUGAGGGUAGUUGUCAAUGUAGUUGGGAAAAAUCAAUUACAAGCAAAUGUAAGUAGUCCGUUGUUCACACUUCUUUUACCACUCAUAUUUGGCUUUUAUCCUUUGGAACCAGAUAAUUUUUUUGAUAUCUUGGAAAGUCGAGCCCUAAUCUGUCAUCCUCAUAAUGAUUUCUGUAGCAGUUUGAAACAAGAACAAGGAAGAAUAGACUGGGAAAAUUGCUCCUCAUUAACUGAUUUUUUUCUCCUGGGAAUUACCAAUAACCCAGAGAUGAAAGUGACCCUAUUUACUGUAUUCUUGGCUGUUUAUAUCAUUAAUUUAUCAGCAAAUCUUGGAAUGAUAGUUUUAAUCAGAAUGGAUUACCAACUUCACACACCAAUGUACUUCUUCCUCAGUCAUCUGCCUUUCUGUGAUCUCUGCUAUUCUACUGCAAUUGGGCCCAAGAUGCUGGUAGAUCUACUUUCCAAGAACAAGUCAAUUCCCUUCUAUGGCUGUGCUCUGCAAUUCUUGGUCUUCUGUAUCUUUGCAGAUUCUGAGUGUCUACUGCUGGCAGUGAUGGCCUUUGAUCGGUACAAGGCCAUCAGCAAUCCCCUGCACUAUACAGUCAGCAUGUCUAGCAGAGUGUGCUAUCUACUAUUGACUGGGGUUUAUCUGGUGGGAAUAGCAGAUGCUUUGAUACAUACGACAUUGGCAUUCCACCUAUGCUUCUGUGGGUCUAAUGAGAUUAAUCAUUUCUUCUGUGAUAUCCCUCCUCUCUUAUUACUCUCUUGCUCAGAUACACAGGUCAAUGAGUUAGUGUUAUUCACUGUCUUUGGUUUUAUUGAACUGAGUACCAUUUCAGGAGCUCUCAUUUCUUAUUGUUAUAUCAUCCUAUCAGUCUUGGAGAUCCACUCUGCUGAGGGGAGGUUCAAAGCUUUCUCUACAUGCACUUCCCACUUAUUUGCGGUUGCAAUUUUCCAGGGAACUCUGCUCUUUAUGUAUUUCCGGCCAAGUUCUUCCUAUUCUCUAGAUCAAGAUAAAAUGACCUCAUUGUUUUACACCCUUGUGGUUCCCACGUUGAACCCCCUGAUUUAUAGCCUGCGGAACAAGGAUGUGAAAGAGGCCCUGAAAAAACUGAAAAAUAAAAUUUUAUUUUAA